CUCAGACACAUUCAGACACACUGCACCGAUACUUCUCAAGUAUUUGCAAAAUAGAAAGCACAAUGGAUGUGGGAGAAGUGAUCUACACGUUGUUGGAGGUGCUUAUUGCUGUUAGCUGCUGCCUUGGUAAUAUGUUGGUUAUUUUGGCACUGUGGACGAGCAAAAGCAUGCAGCAGCCUACCUUCUGCCUUAUUGUUUCUCUGGCUGUGGCUGACUUUAUGGUUGGCUGCACGGCCAUACCGUUGGCUGUGGUGGUGGAUGGACGAGUGAAGACUUCAUUCCACGGCUGUCUCUUCAUCAGCUGUGUGGUCAUCCUGUUCACCCUCGUCUCAGUUUUGUCUCUGGCGGCUAUUGCAGUGGACCGAUACCUCCGGGUGUAUGUCCCUCUUAGGUACAAAAGGACUGUAACACAGAGACAUUCUUGGCUGGUGGUAGCUGUAUGUUGGCUUAUUGCAGUACCACUGAGUUUUGCUCCCAUGCUCGGAUGGUACAACCAUGAAACCUUGUCUAACUCAGUCAACUCUACUGUUGUCUGUAAGUUUAUAGCAGUGAUCCCCAUGUCAUACCUGGUUUACUUCAACUUUUUCCUCUGCAACCUCACACCCCUGUUGGCGAUGACUGUAUUAUACGGCUACGUUUUCUUUACUAUUCGAGGAAACCUUCGAGAGAAACCAGGAAACGGUGUGCAAAACCAGUCUCAGAACUACCUGAAGAAGGAGAAACAGCUGGCAGGAUCUCUGUCUCUGGUCUUGGCUCUGUUUGCCCUGUCGUGGCUCCCUCUCCACAUAAUGAACUGCGUUGCUUACUUUGGUGGGCCGAGUGAUGUGCCAGAAACAGCUUUCUAUGUCGGCAUCCUGCUCUCUCAUGCCAACUCAGCCGUAAACCCAGUUGUGUAUGCGUUCAAAAUACAAAAGAUCAAGACAGCGUACCUGAAGAUCUGGAGAGGUUUAUUGCAUGUGGAGAAGAAAAUCAAGGAUCUCAGACAAGCCGGACAACAGACAACAAUCUCAGUAGUAACAUGAACAGUGGCCAAAAAUGAGUGUUUGUUUGUGUGUGUCCUUGUUCUUAAGGACCAAUUGUUUUUGACAGUUUAGCAUAAUGAAUAUUGCAAAACUGUGAACUGUUUAUUUACUGUAUAUAAAUUGAAAUUCAAAAGCUACCUUUUAAUGGCUGAUGAUGAUAGCCUGUGCAUUGAUACAGUAACCAAAUCCAGCCAUGUGCACUGAAAAAUCUGUUCUGUUUGUGUGUCAUGUAUAUGUGGAUGUGUGUGUCUGUGUGCAUUGCGAAAACUGUCUUGCAGAGGAAAAGGACAACUUCCACUACAAGCUUCAGUUUUAACACCAAGUUUCGUAUCACUGUCAUUUUUCUGUUUCUGUUCCAGUUCCAGUUCUUCAUUGCUCAUUUCAGCAGAAAACUCCAUCCUGACAAUUUACAUCAUCAUCUUUGACCUAAAAAUAUGUUUACACAAGAUGCAUGUUAACCAAAUUCAGACAUCUGAAGCACGAUGGUCAUUUGUUUGAGGACAUGCUUGUACUCUGUAGACAUUUGGCCAGAAAAAUAGAAACACAUUGUAAUCUAAUGCAAGUUCUUUGUCAUUUCUUCACACGGUAUCAGACAGGUGUUAAAUCAGCUGUAUAAGCCUUUAAACCUGUAGGUUGUUCCAUUGCUAAAUUGGAUUGGAUUAUUUAGAAAUCUGUUAAAACAAAUGUAAAUGUAUUUAUGUAAACAAGAAAUGACACACACGUUUCAAAACAGAGCAGUCAACACAGCAACACCCCAAAGUACAGCCUCAAAAAUGACCAAAGUGUUGAGUCAGCAAGUCUCCAACUCAGUCUCAGCAGCAUUCAAACAAGUUUCAGAAAGGUAGCAGAGCUGCGUUUGGAUGGCAUUAAGUUGCUCAGAUGUUGAUAUUUUUCAUCUGUGAAAAAUACAUGGCCUGCUACUAGUUGUUGGCUUGUAAUAACUGAUGUAUGUAUUUUUUCUUUUUUACACACAAGCUCAAGGGUACGUGUAGAAAUUUACACGAAUCUGCAAAAUUGAGGAAGAAAUCCAACCUAAAAUCCAUGACUGUUACGUAAAGUGACAGCUUGUCGCUCUGUGCAUCGCAUGUUUAUGUUUUGUUAUGAAGGUCAGUGUCACAACGAGCCCUGUGCAGUGCACUCAGAAGGAAUAUAUUGAAAAUAGACGGCAAACCGUCCGUUUCUCAGAAUAAAAUGCAUGUUUCUUUAGUCACCGUUUUGCAAUUCGCCAGUAUGUAUCUCAUUAUGCUGUUGUGUGUUUUUAUGUUCUUGUUUGUUUUAAGGGGUAACUUCUAAACUAUUUUUCAACCUGGAUCCUAUUUUCCUGUGUUUUUGUGUCUACGUGACUCAUGGGGAAAACAAUUUUUGAAACUGGUCCAGAAUUGAACGAGAGCGCCGCAGUCAGCACCUGCAAAAAGGGCUGUAAUGUAAUCCUUCCGUGCAAUUGGGCCCAGUAAAUGUACGUCCACUUAAAGUGUGUUUUGCCACUGACAGGCUCAGAUUUUUAUUCUGAGUGUCUGAUAUCAUUAUGGAAAUGAUCCCUACAGAGAUCUUUUUGUUAAAGAGUAAGAUCCUUUUUGUUUAACAAGAAAUGGCCACUAUAUCACUCUCAGCAAAGCCUCCAGACUCCAUUUCCUUGGCGAAUUAAGGAUUUAGAGCGUUGGUCAGAAUAACAAUCAUGUCAGUGGUAAAAACAAGCACUUAACUUGCCUUGAAGGAUUACAUUGCAGCACAGCAAAAUAGGGUCCAGAUCGAAGAAUACCAUAGUUAGCCAUUUCUCAUUUCUUAUAUCAGAGAUUCAGUUGAAAUUCCUCAUUUCUGCAGGUUUGGCAGGUACAGAUUUUUUUUUUUUUUUUUUUUUUCAGUUAGUGGUGUUAUAUUUAAACAGUGUGUUUCAGUUCCUCAAGUAAGCUUUCUUCGCAUGCAGUACUGUAUAUACAUAAUGACUCUGAAGUCAUGACAACUGUGUUUAAUGUUUAUGAAUACAGUCUUUUAGUGAGUAUUUACUUCUUGGCUGCCAUAGAAAGUUAAUGCAUAUUUGCAAACCGCCACUUUCAAGAAAUUUCCCAUGCAGCUGAAUCUGACAUGACACUUCAAUUUGCAAAAGCUUAAACCACAAUAUUUCAUUUCCUCUUUCUGCGUGCACAAGACUUGAUUGUGGCACUUUUACCUAGCUACCAUAAAUUACACAAAUCAGUUUUCCAGUCUGAUUCUGGGUAUAAAACAGCUGUGCAUUUCCAAACUGGAUUCUUUUAAAGAAAUAGCUGCAACCCACCAUAAAGUCUGUAAGUUGCUGACUUUGCUAAGACUAUACAGUUUAAUAACUGACUUUCUCCGCAUUGGGUUUAACCUUUACUUAAAGAGAAUUGAAUGCCUGUGGCUUUUUCAGCAAUGCAUCAUAGUCUGGUACAACCACACUGAACAACAGUCACAGUUCUGAACUGUCCGGUCAAAGCACCAGAUAAUACCAUUUUGUUUAGAUUUUCUUUAUCUGACAGACCAAGGUAUCUGAUAAACAUCCCUUGCCAUCCAGUUACAAAGAAAUUCUUAAUGUAAUAUUUAAUAUAAUGUUAAGUAAUAAUGAAUAAUAAGUAAUAAGAAAGUAAUGAGUACUAAUAAUACAAUGCUGCUCCCAGUCUCGUGUAGUUUUUGUGGGGCUGUAUUCACAAAGGAUUUCAUCUUGUCACUAGGAGUUCUGCUAAAACGGCACUAAUAGUUCCAAAGAGUUUCCUCAUUCGAGUUAUUGUCAAAGCAGUUGAGAGCAACUUUUAGUAAAGAACAAGAACUCAUAAACUGAGAGAGGUUGAGGUUGACCGCAGCGCUGUGGAUGGCAGCCGGUUUCAUGAGGCAACUUCCUGGUUUUGCCCACAUGCGAUUGGUAUUUGACUGGUGAGAUAUAUAGAUAUUCAUCAACACACAGAUGUGUGAGAUACAAGUUCACAUGGAUGGAUGGAUAGAUAAAUAUUCGGAUUGACAGAUACACGGAUUGAUAGAUUUAAUGAAUAUUUUAGAUAUUUUGUGAACUGUCAGAUUUCAUACAUAAAACAAAGCCCCAGAAUCACAUAGCACUGGUUUUACUGCAUAAUCCAGCAUCUGCCAUCAAGUUAUUAGGUUGGUAAUUGUU